GUGAAAAUUUGACCCCUUGAAUGGGGGUUGUCGUGUCGGAGUUGAAACGGAUUUGGCUAGAACUGUACAGUUCAUCACGAACCUUGUGAAAGUUAGAUUGUCAUAUCCAAAAGCCGCCCGCCGUCAUCAAGCUCCUCAAGACUCCCCGACACCAAAAAAUACAUCAAUGGCCCCCUCCAAGAAGUCCAAGGCAGCCAAGUCGUCCGAGUCUAUCUCGUCUCGUCUUACGCUUGUCGUCAAGUCGGGGAAGUACACUCUUGGUUACAAAUCUGCCCUCAAGCAGAUGCGUAGCGGCAAAGCUAAGCUCGUUCUGAUUGCUGGUAACUGCCCACCACUGCGCAAAUCUGAGCUCGAGUACUAUGCCAUGUUGUCGAAGACGACCGUGCACCACUUCUCUGGCACCAACGUCGCACUCGGCACUGCUGCCGGAAAGCUUUUCCGUGUUGGUGUCAUGACUGUCACCGAUCCUGGAGACUCUGAUCUCCUCAGCUUCGCAGAGGGAAACGCUGCAUAAACUCAAAAUUGCGAUGAGAUGCCGGGAGCAUAGGCUCAUGUGCUUCAUUAUAGCCGUACUUCGCGCAUGAGCAUAGUAGCCCUUACUUAUGUUUACUACCUGACGUUAUGCUUCAUGCAAUGUAAGGACGCUGAAAUGUCCUCAGCGGAUAUGAUAUAUCCUGUCUUCUUGUCUACCCAAACGUCGAAGGAACAAGUCCAGCUCACAAACCUCCC